GGGACUUCCGGCGCGACGUGUUCUUGGCGGCGGCGGCGGCGACUACAAGGAAAGGUGGCCGCGGGCGAUGCAGGGGGCGCGGCACGUCGUGUGCGCCGUGUCGGGUGGGGUGGACAGCGCCGUGGCCGCGCUGCUGCUGAGGCGGAGAGGUUACCAGGUGACAGGGGUGUUUAUGAAGAACUGGGACUCGCUGGAUGAGCAUGGAGUUUGCACGGCUGACAAAGACUGCGAAGACGCUUACAGAGUUUGCCAAAUCCUAGACAUCCCCUUCCAUCAAGUGUCCUACGUGAAGGAGUAUUGGAAUGAUGUGUUCAGUGAUUUUUUAAAUGAAUAUGAAAAAGGAAGAACUCCCAAUCCUGACAUAGUCUGCAACAAACAUAUCAAAUUCAGUUGUUUUUUUAAUUAUGCUGUGGAUAAUCUUGGAGCAGAUGCAGUUGCUACGGGUCACUAUGCAAGAACGUCCCUGGAAGAUGAAGAGGUCUUUCAGCAGAAGCACGUUAAGAGGCCAGAAGGGCUUUUUAGAAAUCGAUUUGAAAUUAGAAAUGUGGUAAAACUUCUGCAAGCAGCUGACAGCUUUAAAGACCAGACCUUCUUUCUCAGCCAGGUUUCCCAGGAUGCCCUGAGGAGAACCCUCUUCCCCCUGGGGGGAUUAACAAAAGAUUUUGUAAAGAAAAUAGCUGCUGAGAAUAGACUUCAUCAUGUGCUUCAGAAAAAAGAGAGCAUGGGCAUCUGUUUCGUUGGUAAAAGAAAUUUUGAAAAUUUCAUGCUUCAGUAUUUACAGCCUCGACCUGGUAAAUUUAUUUCAAUAGAAGACAAUAAGGUUCUGGGAACGCAUAAAGGUUGGUUCCUGUAUACUUUGGGCCAGAGAGCCAACAUAGGUGGCUUGCGGGAGCCCUGGUACGUGGUGGAGAAGGAUGGCGUCAGGGGCGACGUGCUCGUGGCCCCCCGGACAGACCACCCGGCCCUGUACAGGGACCUGCUGCGGACCGGCCGCGUGCACUGGGUGGCUGAGGAGCCGCCCGCAGCCCUGGUCCGCGACAAGAUGAUGGAGUGCCACUUCCGGUUCCGCCACCAGAUGGCGCUAGUGCCCUGCGUGCUGACCCUCAAUCAAGACGGCACUGUGUGGGUGACGGCCGUGAAGGCUGUGCGGGCUCUCGCCCUGGGACAGUUCGCUGUGUUCUACAAAGGGGGCGAGUGCCUGGGCAGUGGGAAGAUCCUGCGCCUGGGGCCAUCCGCCUACACACUCCAGAAGGGCAGGAGCAGACCCGAUGUGACCGUGGAGGGCUCCAGCAUCGGCCGGGGUGACAGCCCGGGCCAGGGACCCACGCUCUGACAGAGGCCGAGCGGCUGCUGUGGGGCUCAUGGGAGGAGACGUGGACGAGCGGAGCCGGGGGCAGGGCCGCUUCAGAGCCAGGGAGAGCCCAUCCUCCCUGCUUGCUGGCCGGCGGGUCUGUCCCAAGUGCCCCAUGGGUGGAGUUCCUCUUGCGCACCCCCUAGAGGGCUUCCCGUCCGGGGGCAUGCCGAGGGGACCUGUGGGGAGGGAUGGAUGGGCUGCAGGGGCAGUACCCAAUAAAAACUCUGUCUGGGGUUUGGAUUCUGAUGGCUUCCAGUGGGGUGGGGCCUGGGUGGGCCGUCUCGGGGGCUCCACGGCACUAGCCACGUGUGGGGAGGCGGGGGUGUGUGCUGCACGGGAGAGCAAUGGGAUCCCCCCUUCCUCCGCCUCCAUUCACGGCUGUGUCCACCCUCACCUGUGGCAGAGGAUGUGUGACGGCCCUUGAGCUGACUCCCAGCCUGCAAGGGUAUCUGAGGGGGACAGUGUGACCUUGAGGCCACUCUGAGGGGCGGCGGCCCUGCCCCCAGUCCAGGCAGCUGCACGGGAGCCUCCCCUCCCCCUGCAGAGUGCCCGGCACCCUGGCCAGGCACCCUGGCCAGUCACGUCGAGAGCUGAAGGGUAGCUUAUAAACAAGGGAAGUUUAUUUCUCAUGGUUGUGGAGCCUGGAAGUCUGAGGUCAAGGUGCCGGCUCUGACGGGGGAGGGUCCUCUUACGGGGGGCCGGUGACCGUCUUCUCACUGUAUCUUCGCGUGGUGCAAGGGGCAGGGGUUUUUCUGGGACCGCCCCACCUCCAGCCGCGCCACGCAGCUUGUGGGAUCUCCAUUCCCCCACCAGGGACCGAACCCCGGCCUUCGGCCGUGAAAGUGCUGAAUCCUAACCACUGGACUGCCAGGGAGCUCCCUGCGGCCUCUGAAGAACACCUGUCCGCUUCAUGAGGGCCCCACCCUCAAGACCCAAUGGCGGGCUUCCCUGGUGGCGCAGCGGUUGGGAGUCCGCCUGCCGAUGUAGGCGACACGGGUUUGUGCCCCGGUCCGGGAAGAUCCCACAUGCCGCGGAGCGGCUGGGCCCGUGAGCCAUGGCCGCUGAGCCUGCGCGUCCGGAGCCUGUGCUCUGCAACGGGAGAGGCCACAACAGUGAGAGGCCCGCGUACCGCAAAAAAAAAAAAGACCCAAUGGCUGCCACCACAUCAGGGCUAGGGUUUCAACCUGUGCCCUUCGGGACACAAACACACACCAUAGAGCACGUGCGUGUUUUGUGCAGCGCUGAGUGGCAGAUGAGAGCACCUUUGGAGCUGGCUUUGGCCGGGGGCAUCGUGGGUGGCCGUCGUCCUGCCGUGAGCAGUUGAAAGGCCCGCUGGGGAGCCACCGCAGGACUUGGAGGCGGGAGGUUUGGAGACGCUCCACCAGGCCUUCCCGGGGGCGCGGUCAGCUGGGUCAGGUGGAGGUUGGCUCUUCCUGGAAGGGCACACUUCUGCGUGCCCCAGUGCCUCCAGCUUCCCUGCCUUGGCGCGGGUUAGUGCCCUGUCCCGGCUCCCGGUGGGCCCCAGGGUCCCUGGUGCUCUGCUCAGGGGCCCAGCCACCUGCUCCGGUGCCAGGAUGGACGAGCCUCAGGCUCUCCCUCUCACUGACCUCAGACUCAGCCCUUGCUUGUGCUCCAAGCCAGGCUCCUGUGGAGGCUAGAAGUGUGGCUCCCGUCUCCUGUGGGUUAGAAGGUUCUAGAGCAGAGGCAGUGCGGCAUAUUCUUCCAGGUGCUAUGCUGAUGGGGAGUAACUCGGGGGGGGUCACGUGGCCCCCCAAGGCUCAGAAGCCCCUUGUGCUGAGGGGCAGAGCUGCAGGGCCAGCCCUGGGUCAAGUCACCCAGGACGGAGCUCCUGCCCCCAGGAAGGUCACACAAGGGAGGGGCUUGAAGUGGGUGACGGGCACCUGGGCUCCAGAAUGUGCAGGGCCUGCGGCCACAGUGAGGACAGGGCUUCCUUCUGGACAGGAGGGGAGGCCUGGAGAGGGUUUUGAGCAAAGGAUCUCUCUGGCUGGUGUGAGGUACAGAUGGGAGGGGACAGGAGAGGACCAGGUGGGCUGUGGAGGUUUGGACGAGAAGGGGGUCCAGAUGCCCUUGGUUCUCUAGCGGGUCGAGAUGGACCAUUCUCGAGCACUGAGUGGUCGCCCUCCUGCACAGCCAGGCUCUGCCACCUGGGGCCGAGGGAGGAGGAUGGGAGUCCGGGAACGGACACCACGCUUGGGACUUGCCCCGGGUCUGCGCAGGGGCUGCCGCCUGCCGGGGGGACCAGCCUCAAGCCUGGCACUGUGGCCCUGCCAGCCUGGGGCAGGGGCACGCGGUGGGCUGGGCCCUACAGCCGGCUGAGUGUGACCCUGCGUCAGGGUGACCGAGAGCUGCGCCCACCGCUCCCCCCAACCCCGGCUCAGCGGUGCCCAGUCCUUCGGCGGCACAGAUGCCCACUCUGCGGUGGGGGCCGGUGAGGGGCGGGGGGCUGGAUCUGGGCUGUGACCCGGGAAGUGGGCAAGCCAUGUGGGGAGGAGGACACAGCUCCGUAGGGACUGAGGGUCCCGGCCCCGCCCUGCCCUGGGGCACUCAGCGUCCUCCCUCCAGGCAGAGCUGGAGCCCCUCCCAUUCCCCCUCCUCCUGUUUCUGGGCACCCCCCUGGCUCCCUCCUAGCCAAGGCCCCACCCAGCAGGGCGCGUCCCCAGGGUGGGGCGUGGGCUGGAGCAGACAUGCAGGCACUUCCCACCCCCGCCAAGGGGCUUCCAAGACCAUCUCCGUGAUCCAGAUGAAGAGGUAGGCCCUGUAGGCUGGAGGUGGAGGGCUGGGCGGCUGCUCCAGCGGGGCUGGCCCAGGGAGGUGUUGCCCUGACCCAGCCGGGAGGCUGACCACAGCCCGGCAGGUGCUUUCCACGUCGUGCUGGGCAGAGGGGACCGGACGGGACAGCAGUGCCCCUGGGGACACCGAGCCCAGCAUGGAAGCCGGGGCUGAGACACCGCCUCUGUUCUGCCAGCUCCCAGGGCAGUGUGGAGCCUCCCUGGACUCAGGUUUCCCGGGACCCCCUGCCCUGGGUCUGGGGCUCUUGCGCGGAACCGAGGGCUGAGCUGUGGCCCCGUCUGGGGAGCCGCCACAGUGGGAGGAGGGGCGGGUGGAGGCAGUCGGCAUGGACACAGGCCAGCAGAGCGGAGGCCGCCCUUCUGGCCUCUGGACGGCUCUUCGCGUCCUGCCAGCCCGACGCCAGGCCUCCAGCCACUGGAGGCGGGAGGAGGGAGCACAAGCCUGCCGCUGCCCCUGGGUCACCAGGCCUCACCUGGGCUGCGCCCGUGGCAGCCUCCGGGCCGCAGUACCACCUUCUCUCUGGGGGCACAGCUGACCGACUCUGGGAGGCCUCUGGGCAAUGCCUAGCUGUUGGCCAGGGCACACCACUGGGCCUGUCCCAGACUCCAGGGCUGCACUUCCAGGUGGGGAGUGCAGAGGGGCUGGGGUCGGGGUCAAGCCCCGGGGCCUGUCUUCUGCCCACAUUCCUGGGCUCCAGCUGCCUUGGUUGCCCAUUUCCCCAGAAGCCUUCGCAAGCCCCGGACCUCCCUGCACCCCCAGUGUCUACAGGGAGGGAGCCUGGAGUGAGGCUACAGCCGCGAUGUGAGGGAGCGCUUACUCUUACAGCUGGGAUGGGGGAGGCUUGGAUGUUUCUGUGGCCUGGACGGCAUUCAGAUGUUCUGUGUUCACGUCCGUGUUUCUGUCUCGAUCCCGCGGGUCCUGGAGUGGCCUUGGCUAGGUUGGUGUGGAGUGCAAUUAUUUAUGUCCACGGGAGGCCACCCAGGCCCAGCGGACGCACCUGCUCCCUUCAGCGGGGGGCUACUCUCCUCACAUGUGUCCCCCCCUUAAGCAGCACUUCUGGCUUGAGAUGGUGGUAUUCUAUCACGUUCAUGACCAGGCGCUCUUGACAGGUGAAUGUUAGCAGGGGGACAGGGGAGGGAGCAGAACCUGAGAGUGGCCUUUGGGGGUGGGGCGUUCAUGGGUGGUUUUCCUCUUUUUUUCUCCCAGGCUUGACCUAAGCGUGGCCCCAACCUCUGGAGCUGUGUGGCCAGCACUGGGGCAAGGACUCCAAGAGAGGCCUGGGAAGGGGGAGCCCUGCGGGCUGAGGAGUGUGUGGGAGCCGCUCCCACUGUCUUCUCUUUGCUCCUGCUGAUUCUCCCCAAAGGUAGCCCCAGGUGGGUGGAAGUGAGGCAGUGCAGGCAGCUAGAACCCUGGAAGAAACCCAUCUUUUUGCAUAGAGGAACCAAGAAAAGGGGUGCCAGGAGUAACAGCGUGUGAGGCAAAUCCCAGAGAGGAGACAGCGCUGGCGGAGUGGACCCCUCGCUUUCCAUAUAUACUGACAGGCACUGGCUCACCCUGAGUUGGAACAGACCCAAAGCAGCAUAUGAAAGGCUCUGAGGGCAGAACGGACAUAAACCAGCCCAAGUCCUAGACUAACUGAGUGGCAGGUGUACAGAGUGGACCCAAGGCAGCACAGCAAAGUCACAGCCACAGAAGGAGACAGAACUUGUGGUCUGAACCUAAUGGGGUUGACCGCCUUCUAAAACAGACAACUGACAUCUGCCAGCACAUUUUAACAGGACCCUGAGGCUCAUGACGUAACAUUCAAAAAUGUCAAUCAAGGAUUCAGUUUGAAAUUAGCUAACACACAAGGAACCAGGAAACACAGAGAGAAAAGAAAACAGAUUUGCGGCCCCAAGAUGACCCAGAUGCCAAAUUACUAGAGAAUUUAAAGCUCCUGUUAUCAUCAUGCUCUGUGAGGUAAACACGAAAUUCACGGAAAACUCGAAGUCUUCAGUAGAGAAAUAAAAUUAAUAAAAAGGAACCAAAUGGAAAUUUUAGAACUUAAAAUUACAGUAUUUUAAAAAAAAAAAUCACUGGACAGGCUCAACAGCAGAAUGGAGAUGAUAGAGGAAAGAAUCAGUCAACCUGAAAGUUGAUCACUAGAAAUGAUCUAACCUGAAGAACAGAGAGAAAAAAAGAGUGAAAACAGAUGAACAAAGCUUCAGGAACCAGUUGUGUUCACUGGCGUCCCAGAAGGACAGGAGAGAUGAUUGGUGCAGGAAAAAAUUUUGAAGUGCAAGGUGCAAGAGUCUGGAUGAGCAGGAAAUGGAUAGAAGGUUCCGGAAUGGCUCCUGCUCCCCCGGGCUUGUCGGCAUCCUGUACAUGGUCCCUUUUCCAGGGCUGCCUUAGGAAGGGGCGGCAACAGGGAUGCAGGAGUGGGGGGAAAACCAGACAGCAAAAGUACAAAUUCAAAAAAAUCUUAAUUUAUUGUAGACUCUUUCCUCAUUUGUGUUGCAAUUCCAGUGUUCUGAACAUUAAUAAAUACACAUUUGUUUAAAAAAACCUCCAGUGUCUAUCUCUCAUAAAGUCUUAAGUCACAAAAAUAGGUUUACAUUUUUCCUGUCUUAAUAAAACUGACAGUUGUUUUUUUGGUUAACAGUUCUGAUCAAAUGAAAAAACUAAAUACAUCUCAAGGGACAAAGUCCAGUUGCAGAAGACUAUGGGACAAUACGAAAGUGAAGUGUUCAGACUAAAAAAUAUUUCCACUUUUUUUUUUUUACUUAGAAAAUGUCUCCUCAAUGGUAAACAUUUGAAGGUACUAUUCUUUUGUGUCUUGAAAAAAGGCCACUCCCCUGCUAAGGCACAUUUAUAAUUCAUUCAAGUGUGAGGGCUUUGGGUUCUCAUUUCAUUUCUGUAUGAAGCCUGUGGUCUUAGACCUGAGUAUCAGGUAUGUUUUCCUCUCAGCCACUAACAAUACUCGCAUUUUCAUCAAAAUAAUACAGUAUGGACAUCUUUGCACUUUACUUGAUUUUCAUCAUAUUUUAUGGUUUCUCGUGUUUGGAGGCAGCUGUGCUGACCGUUUAUUUGGGCAUCCGACUGAGGAACAAAAGAAACACUGAAAUAAGACGUGUCUGAGUAAUUCUGGGCCCCGUUCCACAGCCCCUCAGGCCACGCUGUGCCGACUGCCCACAGAGGGAGUCACAGCCGGUCCUUGGUGUGAGUUUCCAAAAAACAGCUUGGUAACUAUUGAACAGUGUGCUGAGGCUUUGUCCCUUCUCACAAUUGGCCAUUUGAAGCAAAAUGAAGUAAUUGGUCAGACUCUGGGGGUGAGACCCCCGCCCGCCUGGAGCUCCUCGGACUCUAAAAGAGCUAGAAAAUUGGCAGGAAGGAAUGUGACAUCCUGGAAGACCUCAUACCUCCGUCUGAAUCAGGAACGUGUGAACAUUUUACAGUCCCGCCGAGAACAGGAGCAGAGGAACAAAGGAAUUCCCCACCUGCAGUACCGCUGACCGGGAAGGGGGCCAGGGAGGCCCCGCGGGGCUCAGAGUGGGGCCCACCCCAGCGAAGGGGGCAAGGGAUGACCAGUGUGUCGGUCGCGGCCGCGUGCACCUGCAUCCCACACUCACUCAGCAGAGCUCCUGGUCCAGCCCCAGAAGGCCCUGUCUCGGAGCCACACCCGUCCAGGCAGACGGGAGCUGGGGGCAGGCAUCGCAAAUGCAAGUGUGCUGCACAUCCAGGCGGCCCCGUGUGAUGCCCACGGACUCCUGCCUCUGGGCUGGAAGCAGAACCGGAACCUCUGUCCAGCAGCGCUCCCUACACGCUACCCGCCUCUGCUUUGCUGGGACACCAGUGCUGGAUGCGUGCCAGACUCCAGGCUGGCUGUGCAAUCUGCCUGACGCCAGAAGGAGGGAGAGAUCGUCCCACGGAUCUCCCAGUGUGGACAGAGUCAGUACAGAUGCGAAAUAUACAGAGGUUUUGCCCUUUCAAAGUUCCAUACAAAUAUACCGCAGUAUCUGCACCUUUGCAACGAAGGAAAGCGAGCUGCUUCAAGACAAGGGCUGCCUUUGCAGAGGGCUGCGGAGCUGCUGGCCCCGGGCCUGCACUGCAGGGAGCUGCCUGCGGCCCUGAGUCCUGGCCAGCCGGCCCGGCGGCUCCUCUCAAGGCCAGCUCUCCUGCUGGGCCCUGUCCCGGCCAGGCCAGCGCACGGUUUUGGCUCUGUCCCGCAGUCCGAGGGUUGAGCUGUGCCGGCCCGGGAGUCCACGCCUCCCGUGCCUGUGGCCUUUGGCACUUGUCACGGGUCUAAGGGGCCCUAAGCCUCCGGGGCAGCUCAGCGCUUUGUGUCUGGACCUUCAGUCAUGCCAGUCACGGGGCUACCACUGCAGCCCCAUGGGGCCCCCGCCACCAGGGCCUGCUUCACUGACAGGGCAGGGAACCCCCCUGGGCUCCAAGGUCCAGGAGCACAACGACACAGCACAGAGGCCUGGGCGGAGGUGAUGGGCUUGUCUUCACGGUUUCCUGAUGGUUCAAAGUGAAGUUUCGUUACUGCCUCUGCGCGUGGGAAGAAGCCGUCAGGCAGGCGGAGGGUCAGCGAGGACGGCCCCUGCCCCCCGUGAAGCCAGCAGCUGGGCUGGGUCCGAGGUUGUGCAGGGGCAGACCCCCACUCGGGGGGCAUGGGGCAGAACCCCCCACUCAGGGGACGGGGUGCCCGGAGGCUCCACGGAGGGCAAGCUCAUGCGUGGACACAGCGACACUGGCAGGCAGGGGAGGGGACAAUCAACCUGUACCCCCGACGGCCAGGGCCACCCGGAGACCCAGGCCCAUCUGAGCGUCCUCCCCAGGGCUGGCCUCGGACGGCGCCCAGAGCACCAAGGCUAGCAAGCCGAGUCAGUCUCUUAAGUUUUAGGAAGGUUGUUCUAGAAGACCUGGCUCCCAUUCUCCCCACCUCCCGGGGACGUCUGGAGCAGGAUCCCAGCUCCGCGACUCUGCGGCCAGGCGCCCCCACCCCCACCCCGCCCCAGCCUCAGUCUCCUUAACCACAAAAUGGGGCAGUAAUGACCCUGGGCCAAGGAAACUGCUCAUAAAACGUUUGGUCCCACAUGGUCUCAAGUCCUAGAGCUUCAGGGCUGGACGGGACACAGGGCCUUGACAGGCGUCUGCUGCACCUCCGGCCUCCUGAUCCCAAGCAGGGGCCCUCUCCCGGGUGGAAGCCCACCGCAGCCCCCGGGCCUCUGCCUGGGCAUGCCUCUGUGCUCGGGGCCUGUCCUCCAGACGGGGGACCACGGGGAGGUUGGCUGGGGGCCAUCCCCGCCGUCCCUCCCGCCACGGCCCAGGCUACUCACUCAGAGCCGGAGCCAUGGGCCUGGGCGCUCCCGGCCCGCACGUUCAUGGCCACCCCGUUGAGGUGCUCGCGCCCUGGCUCCCGGUGCAGCGUCUUGGCGGGGAUGGCGCCGUCGGGGGCGCGGACACCGUCGCUGGAGGCCAGGGAGGACGGCCGCGAGGACGCGGGGCUCUGCUCCCGCUCAGCCAGCUUCUCUCGCAGCCGCGACUUCAGCAUUUUCUCCGUCAGUGGCGGCGGGUAGGUGACUUUGUUUUUCAAGAUGCCUGGGGGUGGGGUUGGGGGGGUCGGGGGGAUCGAGAAGGUCACGAUCAGGCUGCCUCUGCUGGAUGCAGUGGGCUCGGGGAGGGACUGUCAUGCAGAGCUGAGCUCUCGGCCACUCCUCUCCCCCUCGGGUCUCACCCCUGCCCCGCCGGGCACCACCCCCGUGCCCCACGGACCCCACCCCCGAACCCCGUGCCUGGGCCUGCCUCCCCCAGGACCAGGGACUUUCCAGCCCCCAGCUCCAGGGACAGUGGGCCCUCGGCACCUUUUCUCUGCUCGGGGAGCUGGCUGGGCGGUGCGGCCGCGGGCCUGGGGCCCCCACUCUCCCGGGCCGGGAUGCGCUCGCUGCAGUGGUUGCCCUGCUCGUCCAGGUGCAGCUCCACGCUGACCUUGGUCUCCACCUUCAGGCGGGGCUGCUCGCCCGGUCCCUCACUGUCGCUCCCGGCCAGGCUCUCAUCAGGCCAGCCGGCUGGGACGUGGUUGGCCACAGAGUCCACUGAGGCACAAGACAGACCCUCAACAUGCAGGGCGGCUGCCUGCUCGGCUCAGCGGGGGCGUGUCCCGAGCGGCGCUGACCCACGGUCCCCGACCCGCAGGCCUGGCAGGGCCGCGCCAUCCAGGUGGGGACACCGAGGCUGAGAGGGAAGGUCCUGGGGUGGGAUCCCAGCCUCAAGCCCCCCCCCCCGCAUCCCCACACCCGGGAGCGUCGUGCUCCCUGCAGCAGUGGGGUUAGGAGUCCUGGCUGUGAGGGUCCCACAGAGACCCCUGAGACGUCACCUGUGCUCUGCGGACGGUGAGCUGGGGGCUGUCCUUCCUGCCGCCGCAGCCCCGUCCCAGGGGCAGGCGGCCACGGCUGAGGGCCGCUCUGCAGCCAGCGGGCUCACUCACCUUUGGGGGUGCUGUGCACGGGGCCCUGGGCCGGGUCCCAUCUGUCCUCAGCCGCGACCCUGUCGUCCUCGCUGUCGGAGGAGCGUGAGGAAGCGUAAGAGCUACUCUGCUCAUCCAGGGACAGCUCGCUGUCCGAGUCCGAGUCGUGGCCUGCAGGGCAGGCGGGAGGGACAGGGCUCAGGCGGGGGGCGGGGUGCUUCCUGCAGACUGGAGCCACCUGGGCCCGGGCACGGGAGGGCACUGGGUGCCCGCUGACCCUCCCAGUGUGCGGUGGCCACCUCUUCAAGGCUGUACGUUCUCAGGUGACCGAGGGGCCCACGGGGCAGCCGAGAGCCAGCAGGAAGCUCUCGCCAUGACCCCCGGGAGGGAGACGCGCAGGCUGACGGGAGACCGCGCCCCAGGGGACACGUACCAUGGGGCUUCUUGGUGCUCCUGGGUACAAAGGACGCGUCUGGCUCCCCGUGGCCGCCCCGCGCCGGCCCAGAGGACACGCUGAGCUUCUGGCCCCCUUUGUCCCUGGAGAGAGUAGAGGUGGGUGGGCUCAGCAUUGUUGCUCUGGGGGAUGCAUGACCGGCCCCCCGCCAUCAACCAGCGCCUUCUGCGUGUGCCAGGGCAGCCACACUGGGCUCUGGAAGGUUCUCUGCCACGAGACUCCCGGAGCACACGGAUAAACACACGUGGACUCAAACAGCAGGGCGCAUGGCUCGGGGCGGAGGCGGCAAAGCCCACGUUUGCUCGGAGAGCUUCCCCCCCACGGCCACAGCAGGGGCGCCGGCCCGGCCUGACCUGAUGGUGCUGUCCAGCGAGGCGGUGGACUCGCCCAGGGCCGUGCGGAACACGUCGGGCUCCUCGCCGUACGUGUUGUUGCAGUUGAGGGAGCGCUGGGGGAAGGGGGCUGGUUAUCGUCUGAGCAGAGGCCACCAGGGCGCAGAGGGUGGCUCGGUCCCCACCACAAGCCCCCGUGCAGCACCCUGACCGUGCCCCUGCCGGGAACAGGGCACAGCGGCCCGGUGGCAGCUCCCACCGGCCCUGCUUCUAGACAGGAUCCCCGCCGGCCAUGGCGGGGGAAGAGGCUGUGAGCUGGACAGACCACACCCCGUUGACUCGGCUCGCUCCCGGGGCUGCAGGGAAGGCUGGAUGCCACACUCCGGGGACAGAUCUGUGAUGCCCCCUUUUGUGGGGGACGCGAGACCAAGGGGCUGUGUCUGAUGCUGGUCCAGGCCCUGGCAUCCCCGGGAGCCUCCUACCGUCAGCAGGGUGGCCCUCGUGGUGGCUGAGUCGUCGGGGUACGGCUUCUUCCCAGCGAGCACACCCUUCAGGUGUUUCCGGACCUCUCUGUUGAACACGCAGUGGAGCAAGAGGACGGCGAGGCCCUGCAGAGGAGGGGGCAGGUCAGCGCCGGGCUUGGCCCCCAUAGAGAAGCCAGGGCCCUGCCGCUGCCUCACCGCCCACCUGCCUGCCCGGAGGAUGCACGGAGCAUAGCUCAGCCACGUGGAGCUGACGGUGCCCAGGGCCGCCGCGGCUGCAGACGCCCACCAUGGCCCACGCCCGGCCUCCCUGCCCCGGGGGCUUCCAAUUUCUCCAGGUCGGGGGCCUGGUCAGGGCAGCCCGCACGCCCGGUGCCUGGAGGACCCCUUCCCAGGCCCCAGCCCCCGGGCCCUCUGGAUCCCCAAUGUUGCAUCAUUAAUCAGGGUCCACGGUGUGGACAGUAAGUGGCCAGCAUCCUCCUGGGGACACAGUGGGAUUUAUCCUGGCCGGGGAGGGGGUGAGCAGAGGACUGCGUCCCGACAGACACACAGGAGGCCAUGGAAUGGGGGUCCCUGGGAGGGCUCGGGGCAGAGCUGCCUUUGGAGCAACAGGCGCCUUUUUUUCGGUGGCAGGACCACGAGGCUUCACCAUAACCCCUAACAAACUGCGCCGACACCGGAAGGACAGCCACGGUGCAGCCCCGUGUGUCCAGAGAGCGAGAACACAGCCCGGACGCCAGGUCAAGGAUCUCCCCGGGGACCCUCUCGGGGCCACUCGGGGUUGGGGCAUUUCAGACAGGUGACCCCUGGGCCCCGCCAGAUCGUUCUGACAGCCACCCACCUGUAAGCAGCUGAAGACGGCAAAGAGGUAGCGGAAGGUGAGCGCGUCGCUGUUCACGGCCAGCAGCCCCAGAAGCCAGGUGGCGCUGAUGAGCAGCAGCAGGAAGAAGGCCGUCCUCACGAGGGAACUGCGGGGGCGGGACAGGGGCAUGGCUGCAGCGUCCAUCCCCCACCCUCUUUCCUUCCCACACCCUUUCGAAGCAUCUACCAUGAGGCAGCCCCUGGCUCACACAGGGGAAAAGACAGCUUAGUGGGGAGCAGUUAAAAAGCAAACAGGUAAAUAGGAAACUAGGAGCCAAGGCUGGUACAUGGGCUGCACCCACAGCGACUCCGGGAAGCCUGGUGCACGGCCCGGAAGGUACGUGGACCUGGAGGAGGUGCGUGGCGAGAAGGUGUCAGGCCCGCCGUGCAGGCUCCUAGCAAGGGCUUCCUGCUCUCUGCCUCGGUCUCCCCAGCCGAAGGGGAACGGACGGUGACGUGCAUCCCUGGUGGGGUCGUGGGGUGCUGGAGGGAACUGCGUGUGCUAACGUGAGGCAAGGGCUGGGAAAGGUAGGUCUGGGGCGGGGAGGAAGCGGACGACGGUGGAGCAGGCUGGACCCCGACUCCGCGUCCCCUGCCCACGGUCUCUGCUCCUCCGUGGCCUUUUCAGACUCUGCUCUCCUGUGGGCCGGGUGGACCGGCACCUUCUGCGGCCCCUCAGCCCCUCCUCACACAUCCUCCCUUCCCUGGACCCCCAGCUCGGGCCCGAUGGACACCCUUGUCCUCCCCUCCCCUGACCCUCUCGUGGCUUGAGCUCUCCCGAAGCUGCCCUGCCUGCCUCCCGCAAGGCUUUUCUGUGGGUCCCCUGCUCUCUCCCAACCUGAAAACAUGGGAGGCCCCCUCUCUGUUGGGCCCCAUCCUCCUGCGCUGCACCCUCUCGCUGGGCGAGCUCCUCCACUCCUGUGGUGUCGGCAUCACUGUCACCACCAACCCAGAAAGUUCCAUCCCCCACCCCCACCCUGUCUGACUCCAGGGAGUGUCCAGGCGCCCUGGCACCUCCCCGCACCCGGCUGUCACCAUCCCCCGCCUCCUGCUGGUCCAGGCGAGGACACCCAGGCGUCACUGCUACCCCCUCUCCCCUCAGUGACUCCACCACAAACCCCGUGGGUCCCACAUCCUAAACAUCUCUCCCUCCCUGGUUCAGGCUGCCACCCCAGCCGGCCACCUGCCCCAGUCCCCCUGUGGUCAGCCUCCCUCGCUUUCCUCCACGAUGUCCAGCUCUCCCCCGAGAGAUCCAGACUCCGCUCGGCACAGCCCAGACACGUCCAGACACGGCUGGCCUCUCCCCACUGCGGCCUGUUGAUUCCCCACUGACGUGGCUGCCAUGACGCCCUGGACGGGUCCGGUGACGGGCACUUUCAUGGGGACAGGCAGGGGUCUCGGGUGGGGCUGGCCCCACGUCAGGUCCCACCCACUGACCGGGUUAGGCAACAACUUACACGACCCGUUUUCUCUCAUAAUAAUGGCGCUUCCUUUGGCAGGAGACCUUUGCAGACAGGACAAAAAUGACUGUGUUGACCUGAAAACAAACCAAACAGAGAAACCCGAAGUCCAGUGGCCGCUCCAUUGUACUGUCACUAGAGACCUUCAAAAGCCAAAGGCUUCUGAGGGUCUUCAGCCCACAUCUCGGGAGGUGCCUCUGGGACGAGGCCUCAGAGCCCAGGAGCCUGCUGGAGGUGGACGCGGACCUGGACCAGAUCCCAGCACCCACGGGUCUGAGGACAAGGCUUUAUCACCGUGAGGUCAGCCCUUCCUGUCCGCCCAGAUGCUCAGCGGAGCUGGUAACCCAUCGGCCCCAAACACCCUUCAAGCCAGCGUACCCAAGGGGCACCCGGCCUCCCACGACCCUGAUAAUCAGGGGUUCUGAGAAGCCCCCGGCACUCACGACGAUCACGGUUCCGACGGGCCCCGCAAAGCUCCAGAUCAGGGUGUCACGAAGGGACAGCCAGCAGAAGUCCGGGUUUCCGUAGCCCUGGGGGUCCAGGCCCACCGCAAGUCCUGGACAACAGGGAGGAGAAGAGUGAGGGCCACCCUGAUGGGGGGGUGGCCACAACAGGGUGUUCCCAGACCCCAGGCAGGACCCGGGGCCCCCGGCAUGGCGCUCAGAGGGAAGGGCGGGGAACCCGAGAUAAACAGCCGGGAAAUGACAAAGGCCCAGGUCCCCUCCCAGCAAAGGCCAGUCACAGGCCCACCAUGGCCACGACCUGCUCGCAGAUUCACCCCAGAGGUGGGGAGCCCACCUGGGCCAGGGCUGCUGACGGAGGUGGGAAAGAGACAGAAGACGGAGGUGAUGGGACCCGCCAGGACCAGCCACGAAGCACGAUGGGGAUGCCCUGAUUGCUGGGCCACGUGGAAGCCAGGACAUGGCCAUGGACCACAGGUGCAAGGACCUGAGGGCAGGCACGUGCCACACACGCCACACUCAUGUGCGUGCACAGAGCACACACGCCACACACACACAUAUACGCACAUGCACACACCCCAGGAAGGGUCACCACUCCAAGGUGCUAGGCAAAUGAGGAGUUUCCUAUGUUAUCUAAGCCACAGCCAUGGUUUCUAACCAUGUCACAAGCUAGAGCAGGACUUGCCCUUACAGAACCGUCAAGGUGAAGUCUGGAGUGGCUUCUCCAACACAGACCUUGCUUAGGACAAAGAAGCAGCCCACUCCGCGCCGUGGCCUCCCCGGACCUGGCCUGGACUGUUCCACAGGCCACACUCCCUUGCUUAAGCCCUAAAGGGUCAAGUCUCCCCACCGACUGCUCAAAACCCUACAAUGGCUUCCCACUGCCCUCAGGAGACGGACACAGGUAUUUCCGCAGCCUUCUAGGCCCUUUGUGGCGUGGCCACGGCCACACUCCAGACCGCGUGGCACCCCCCACUCGGCCCCAGCCCAGCCUCAGGUCAGUCCCCAACCAGCCUUCCUCCGCUCAGGUCUUGCACAUGCGGAGCCCUGAAGGCACACCCCCCAGCACAGCAGCCUGGUUCCUGCGAGCCCUCCAGUGUAAAGAGUGCUUCCUCCAGGAAGCCUUCCUGGCCUGCCCCCCACCCCACCCCCAGAUGAGAGCAGGUCUCAUCCUCCCCCGUCCCCUGGCUCUGAGCCCACCCCUCAGUGCAGGGUUUGUGGAUGAGCCUAGAGUCACGUUCACCAUCACUUAAUGCCCAUCUUCCCUGGACGGACGACUCCCGGAAGACACAGGCUUUGCCGUUCUCACUCACUGCUCUGAUCCCGGGCCUAGAACGGAGCCCCGCACAGAAGAGGCCCGCCCUGAAUGAACGAAUGAAGGAGUGUGCGAAUGCUCCCGCAUUCUUGGGCAACUGAGACUUGGUGGGGGUUAAGGAAAGCACAUGGGGAGCUGGCCUCAGGCCCCCAUCCCCCGUGCCCCCCGGAUCCCAAAGGCCCGGCUGGGUCAGGCCCCACAUCUGAGACAAGGGCUGUCCCCAUGCAGGGUCCCAUGGAGACGCUCUGCUCCAUCCAGCCGCGUCGGGAGGGGCUGCCUGAGGUGACCACACAGGUGGAGAUGGAACAGGGUACGGUACAGACCAGGAAACACACUCUGAGUUUACUGGGGCACAGAAAAGCACACAGCAAACUUAACUUUUCCUUUUGUAAAAUAAGCAAAUUGGCAAAUGAUCCUGACCUGACUUCCUCGUUUCUCUUCAUAGAAUUUGAUGUAAAUAAAAUCCGAUGUUCUGGUU